AACACGUCCCACCCAUCCUGACUCAUCGGCUAUCCUACACCAUCCACUACCGGCAACACCCCAGUACCUUACCUCGCACCUGCUUACUCUGCCAAAUCAGUCUGCUUUGUCAGACAUCCCUUCAAACCCGGACCCCAUAAACCCCUCCCCGAACUGAAAACCUGCGUCGUCCCUGAUUCAAUCUCCUAAAUUUCAGACGUGCAACAACAAAGAUACGCCCACAAUUCCCUCCACGCACCACUUCUCCACCUAGCGGAUACGCUCGCCUGCCCCGAUGCCCAGAGCUCUCCAGAGAUCUGGCAGCAACAGUCUCUCCUCGUUGCUCCGCGCCGAGCCAGGGGACGAUGCUCCCGCCGACGCGAAGCGGGGCGACCACCGCCGGAGGAGGAGCUGCAUCAGGCUGCCCCUCGGCGCAGGUGGGUGCCGCGUCUGCGCCUGCGACGAGAUGGACUCCGCUGCCGCGGCCCCGCGCCGGUGCGCCCCGGGAGCCGACGACGACGAGGAGGACGCCGCGGUGCAGUGCUUUUCAUGGAAGAAGGGUGCCGUCGCCGCGGCGCAUCGGCCGUCGGGAGCUGGUAGGGGUGUGGUGGUGGUGACGGAGGCCGCGGCGUCCUUGGCGGUGCUGCCGGACGACGUGAUGGAGAUGGUGCUGUGCUGGCUGCCGCUGGCCUCGCUCCUGGCCGCGCGGUGCGUGUGCAGGCGGUGGAGGGACCUCACCGUCGCCCCGCAGUUCCUGCGGAUGCGCCGCGAGAGGGGGCCGCGCCGGACGCCGUGGCUGUUCUUGUUCGGGGUCGAGGGGGACGUCGGGUGGGGCGCCGCCCCUGCCCCGGCCGUGCACGCGCUCGACGUGGCCGCGCACCGGUGGCGCUCGGUCGCGGCGGGCGGGAUGAAGGGGAGGUUCUUGUUCUCCGUCGCCGGCGUCGGGGACGAGCUCUACGUCGUUGGCGGCCGGUCCGGUGGCUCGGAUGCCAGCAAGGAUAAGACCCACAAGGGAGUCCUGGUGUUCAGCCCUCUCACCAGCUCGUGGCGGAAGGCGGCUCCAAUGCGGACGGCGCGGUCUCGGCCGGUGCUGGGGGUGUUUGAGAUGUCCGCCAGCUGCAGCAUUCUCCACGCUCGCGCCGAGAAGCAUGUCCGGCGCGCCAAGUCUCGGUUGGGAGGCGCCUCCGCUGUGUACGAGGACCCGCACCGGCUCUCCCUCAGGCGUCUCCGGCUCAGGGACAUGCUGAACGAGGACACUGAUUCCAUAGAGCUCGCUUCGUCUCAUGACAAAUUUAGCAGACAGGAGGAGGAGGGAGGUCAGCCAAGGCUCGCCAUUGUCGCCGUUGGUGGGCGCGGGCACUGGGAUGAACCACUGGUGUCCGGGGAGAUAUACGAUCCGCUGAUCGACAAGUGGGUUGAAAUUGCCGGGUUCCCUACCGACGUCGGGCUGGCGUGCUCCGGCGUUGUCUGUGGCCGGAUGUUCUAUGUUUACUGCGAGUCCGACACGCUCGUCGCUUACCAUCUGGACAAGGGCUCCUGGGUUGUCAUCCAGACGUCCCGGCCGCCGCCUCGGCUCCGCGACUACUGCCCGACGCUGGUGUGCUGCGCGUCUCGGCUGUUCAUGCUCUGUGUGUCGUGGUGCGACCGCCAUGGGCCGGUGAACCUGAGGGAGAAGGUGGUGCGGAAGAUCUUUGAGCUUGACCGGAGCUCACUCCAGUGGACUGAGGCGUCGCCGCACCCGGACGCGCCGAUGGAUCCCAAUGCGGCGUUUUCCGUCGGCCGGGACAGGAUCUACGCCGUGGAGAUGUUCAGGAUCUUCGGCCAGGUCCUCGAUUUCGUGACGGCCUGCCGGAUUUCCGACACCGAGCAGAAGUGGAGCCGGAUUGGCCGGGAAAAUGCAGCGACGGAGGCCGACGCCAUGUCCUGCAGGCUGAAAUCCAUGGUCGUGUUGCAUCUGUAACUGUAGUUGCUUCUUACUUUUAAGUUUUUUUUUCUCCCUUUCUUUUGUAGCAUAGUCUGUUUGCACAGAUUUGUUGUUUCCCCGAGCAGACACGAUGUUUACACGACACAGCCAUUGCAUUGGAUUGCUUGUA